AUGAGUCAAAUGUCGCCAGCGUCUCCCACCUCGCCAACGUCACCAACAUCGCCAACGUCACAACAAAGAUUCGAUGAGCACGGCGAAGCUAGUGGCAGUCAAACACGGCAAAGUAUCAUAUCGAACCCCAUUGCGCAACUGCAGCGCCAAACAAGCCAUGACGAAAACAUGCGAUCUCCACCAUCCCGAGGCACGGAAAUGACGGAACAAGAAACUUUGGACAGAAUAACAGCGAAUACGAGCCCUAGUCAUGGCCAUUAUCCUGCGGGGAGUUUGACGGAUAGUGUUCGUCCUCUUCAACAAGGCAAGACUUCUGAUACAGGUCACUUUCAGCAUAACAUCAUUGUGGACAAGAGUUAUAAGGAUCUACACAACCUGCCCAGCCCGAUUAAAUCUCCACGGUCGUUUCGAUCAAGCUUCCUCAUGCCGGGCCGAAGUAACGAGGGCCAGCAAAGUCAGAAUCGCAGUACCGAAGGAGCUGAAAAACUCUCUUCGUCCGCAUCUUCACCACAGUUCAGACCUGUAGACUCUCAUACUGAGCGUCAUCCCCGCGUUCCUCAUAAGCCAAGUCAGAAAUCCGAUCUCGGACGUGUUUAUCAGUAUUUCGAUGGCAACACAGUAUUCUGUCUUGGUGGUCGCUGGCAAAACACAAGAGGGAGACCUGUUAAUAUUGCGACUGGUAUCUUUGUCAUCAUUCCUUGCGCCCUGUUCUUUGGUUUUGAAGCACCAUGGCUAUGGAAGCAUGUAUCGCCUGCGAUACCUAUUGUUUUUGCAUACCUUGCGUAUAUAUGUUUCUCUUCCUUCAUCCACGCCUCUGUUACCGAUCCUGGGAUUCUUCCGCGAAAUCUUCACCAGUUUCCCCCUGUCGACGACAACGACGACCCUCUUCAACUUAGCCCACCCACGACAGAUUGGGCAUUGAUAAAAUCUGCCGAAUCAUCAACAGCCGCCAUGGAAGUUCCGGUUAAGCACUGUAGAACAUGCAAUAUCUGGCGACCACCCCGUGCCCACCACUGUCGCUUAUGCGAUAACUGUAUCGAGACCCAUGAUCAUCACUGCGUAUGGCUCAACAACUGUGUCGGGAAACGUAAUUACCGAUAUUUCUUUACCUUUGUUACGUCCGCAACUAUCCUCGCUGCCUACCUCAUCGCCACCUCUCUUACACAGAUUCUUCUUUACAAGAAUCGUGAAGGUGUCUCAUUCGGAAAGGCUAUCGACCACUUCCGAGUUCCUUUUGCGCUGGUAUUCCUUGGGUUUAUCUCUUUCCUUUAUCCUGCUGCUUUGAUGGGAUAUCACAUCUUCCUCAUGGCGCGAGGCGAAACGACCAGAGAGUACAUGAACUCACACAAGUUUGCUAAGAAGGAACGUUUCCGGGCUUUCUCUCAGGCCAACAUGUUCAAGAACUUUAUUGUCGUUCUAUGUCGCCCUCGGCAACCCACGUAUUAUCAGUUCAAAGCGCAUUAUCAUGAAGGCGACCAACGCCUAGGCAUUCGACGAGACAAGCGGCCGAGAUCGAGCUCUCAGGGAUUGGAAAUGCACGAUGUCGUCCCUGGGAGUUCUGGUUUCCAAGGUCCAGUGGCCCUGAGAAGUGAACACAGUCAUUAG